UUCGCUCGAGUGUCGUUAUCGUUCGGAGUUUCCAUUUGAUUUGGGAAUUUGGGAUCGAGCGAGUUCGUUCCACCCCUCGAACGUAAGUGCUCUCUAACGGAUUCGUACCGUUUCAAAGACAUUUGUAAGGGCCACGGGUGGGCGCCUCGCGGCCCUUUUAUCUCGAGGGUUCGAGUAUCGGUAAGUCCACAACGGUAACCUUCGUCGCUUGGCUUUUCUCUCAUCUUCCUCUUGUUUCCACUCGAUGGGUGAAGAUCUUCAAAUUUUACGUGGUGAUAUAUGUGUCGUCGCAUUCUUUACGGUUCACGAACAUUGACGGUGUUUGAUAAAUAUCCUGGUGAAACAAAUGUUCACAUUUUACAAAAUUUUUUCAGCCAAUAUUCUGGGUGUUUUUAAAAUACGGUAUGAAAUUGCAUUGUAUUCACGGUCCUCGAUAAUGUAUUUUUUCGAUUUCAUUUGGGACUUCGCGAGUCUAAUCCAUUUUGAAUUAAGUUUCCUGUCAAAACCAUAGACCGACACUGGCCGCCAUUGGCCGCUGGUGCAAGCCUUUGGACGUAACGUCCAUAAUCGUCGGACAUCGGGGUGAAAAUGUUUCGCGAUGUCUUCAAUCUUCUGUACCAUGGCAUCAAGGAAACUAUUUAUAUCUGGCUCUGGGGACAGGAGUAUCCUGAAUUUUUCGCCGGUCUGUGGCUGCGGCGCUCGCUUCGAUAUCCACACGCAAUCGAUCUCGCGUCGCGCGUCGCCAUUGGCUAGCGAAGAUUCGGCCAUCUUCGCGUCGCGUUGGGCGGGUGACGACACCGGAGGACUUCCGAAGUUUGCCGAACACCACCCGAGUAGCGGCUACCAAUCGCAUCGAUCCCAUGUCCACGUCGUUGUCACGUAGUGGUGUAGCGCGGUGUAUGUACGUCUUCGCGUUCUUGGAUAUCGUGGAUUCUCAGUUUGAUUUGGGACCAAACUAGCCUGCUUUAUUCCUCGAACAAUUUUUUGAGCCGAUGUCCUCGUCGUUGUCUAAUAACAGUGUCAUACUGCAAGCAUCAUCUUCAUGGUCCUGGAUAACGUCCAUCUUCGAUUUCGUUUGGGAUCAAGUGAAUCUAUUUCAUAUUCCAAGUAUGCCACGAAACAAGAGACGCCACCGUUCCCGCAGUCAUUCCAGAUCCUGCUCGCAUUCUGCCGGUUCUCCUCAGUAUGAACACAAACGGCGGCAUAUCGAAUAUGACAGUCCACAGAGUAAAGGGACCUACAGCGAGUCGAAGGUUCGCUCACUCACGCACCGACCCCUUCUGUCCAGCGGCGAGAGGGUCCUCAGGUCGCGACAGCACGAGCGAGGGACCAGCCAGGAGCGGCGCUACAAGCGCAGCCACCGUCGCUCGCCGAGCAGCGGCCGACAGCACUCCCACGCCCACCGCGACCGGGAGCGGGACCGGGAGCGGGACCGGGAGCGGGAGCGGGACCGGGACCGGGACCGGGAUCGCGCCCACCUGGUGCCGGCGACCUCGCUGAGACGCACGCGGCCGCCCCGCCGCCACCACGCCUCCUCCUCGCCGAGCCAGGAGGCCUCGAGGCUUCGCCACCGCUCGCUGUCCUCCAGAAGUCAGAGCCCACGACCGCCCUUCGUCGAGGACGACGAAGACGGCCAUCUCGUUUACCAAACCGGAGACAUCCUGGCAAAUAGAUAUGAGGUACUGGCCACCCUAGGAGAGGGUACUUUUGGGAAAGUUGUCAAGGUUAAGGAUUUGAUGAUGGAUCACGUGAUGGCCCUCAAGAUCAUCAAGAACGUCGAGAAGUACAGAGAGGCGGCGAAGCUCGAGGUCAACGCCCUGGAGAAGAUCGCCAACAUGGACCCGGAAGGUCAACACCUGUGCGUCAAGAUGCUGGACUGGUUCAACUACCGUGGCCACAUGUGCAUCGCCUUCGAGAUGCUCGGCUUGAGCGUCUUCGACUUUCUGAAGGACAACAAUUACCAACCGUACCCCCUGGAGCACGUGAGACACGUGGGAUACCAGCUCUGCUAUGCCGUAAAGUUUCUUCACGACAAUAAAUUGACUCACACCGACCUCAAGCCGGAGAAUAUCCUUUUCGUGGACUCUGACUUCGACACGAGUUACAACAGCAAAAAGCGGAAGGACGUGCGCCAAGUCAAGAGGACGGAUAUUCGGUUGAUCGAUUUUGGAAGUGCCACCUUCGAUUACGAGCACCACAGUACGAUCGUCAGUACGAGGCAUUACCGAGCCCCCGAGGUCAUUUUAGAAUUAGGAUGGUCGCAACCUUGCGACGUGUGGUCGAUCGGCUGCAUCCUAUUCGAGAUCUACCUGGGCAUCACGUUGUUCCAAACCCACGACAAUCGCGAGCACCUCGCGAUGAUGGAACGCAUACUCGGUACGAUCCCGACUCGCAUGGCGCGCAAGACCAAGACGAAGUACUUCUACCACGGCAAGUUGGUCUGGAACGACAAAAGCUCGGCCGGCAGAUACGUCCGCGACAACUGCAAACCGUUGCACCGCUACAUGCUGUCCGACGAGGAGGAGCAUCGGCAGCUGUUCGAUCUGAUGCAAAGGAUGCUGGAGUACGAGCCCGCCCAGCGAAUCACCCUCAAGGACGCGCUGGCGCACCCCUUCUUCGAGGCGCUUCCGCCUUCCCAGCGACUGCCGGACCCGCGGGCGUCCGGCGACCACGGCCAGCAGACCCACGAGCGCUCGCACUCGCUCUCUCGAUGAAGCUAGGGGCGGGACCGACCUCCGCACCGGACGGACACCCGGGAACGGAGCUCCCAGGGUCUGCUCGGUCAAGCGUAACCGUGUCCCCGCGAUCGUAAAACGUUUUAUAUAACGCUCGUCUGUACAUUUUAUCUUGACUUUAUCACGAUGUCGUUCGACGCGCGCGUACCUACACCCACGCAAGCGCGGGCGCGCGACUAAGUUUCGAGUAAAGGUAAAGGUAAACUUGAUCGCAGCUUGUAAUCUGCUUCUCCGUUGUACAUUUGGUAGCCCGCAGGGGCCGAGGAGAGACGUUUCGUGUCGCGGACGAGCGGGUCCGGGUGAUCGAAACGAAAGGAGUGCUCUCUCUUUGUGGACGGUUGGACUCGUAUGCCGGAGGGAACGCGGCAACGUUCGCCCCACGGCACUUUUAUGGAAGCGCGUCGCUUUCGGACACGAGGUUACGAACGAAGGGAAACCGGACAUUGUUUCGUUCCAAGUGUGCGAAUCGGGGUGUACCCGUAUGCCGCGGUAUGCGCGAUACUUAAAAUCUUUUUUUUCCGUUUCCUUUCUUUCUUUUUCUUUUUUUUUUCCACUGUGUAAAUACGUCGCCGCCGACGCGCCGAGCGUACGCAAGAUUCGUGACGUCCAUCUGGAUCGAGUCCGCUUAGGACUUUGCAUCUCCGAUUUCGAGUUAUAUAUCGACUAAGUAAGGCGUCCUUGCGAGAGAUCCGCGUGUCGGAAACGACGCGGCAAGGGGCGAGCACCGACGCCUACGAAAAAUUCACUAGACACGACAGUGUUUCGAUUAGCAAUAAACACCUUUGUUUUAAA